UACUUGUUGAAGUUUUCUUUCUUGCAGAAGUAUCCUUGUUUUGUGAAUUUGUUAGCUUAUUUCGGGUAAAUCAGGAAAUAUGCCUACCCUAUUUACGUCAAUUAAGGAAUAUUACGUGAGAUUGAUUACUACUUGAAAAGUGUUGAAUUCGCGAACUUGAACCAAAGCAGCAGGAUUGUGAUUGUGUUUUGUUUGAGAGUGUAAAUUUUUCCCAUUGAAUCGGAUUCUGAAACUUUGGCAAAGAAAUGUGUUGAUUGUUGUCAUCAAAGUACGUAACUAACAUGGAUAAUCUUGACGAUUCGGAGAAUAAUGCCAAGGUGUCGGACUCGGCCUACUCGAACAGCUGCAGUAACAGCCAGUCCAGGAGAAGUCACAGCUCUAAGUCGACGCAUUCUGGCAGCAACUCCAGUGGAAGUAGUGGAUAUGGGGGGCAACCAUCCACAUCAGGGAGCAGCAACCAACCACCGGAGAAGAGGACCAAAGAGAAGGAACCCAAAAAGAAGAAGCAUGUGCAAAUAAUCACCGAGAAGGCAGAGGUUGCUGCUGAAUGUCAACCCUCGGAGCCGGUGCCGGCGUUGGACGCUCCGAAGGAGGAGGUCAGCGAUGUUAUCCAGUUGCCUUCGCCAGCGCUCUCGCACAUUGAAAAAGGUCCGGAAAGCAUGGACAUCUCUUCGCCGGAGUCUUUGCUGAGUAAAGAGGAGGUUGCAUCCACCAGUAACCUCCAGUUAAGAACACCAUUUAUGAAUGUCGUCGUCAAUCGCACCACCCCGACGUUCUGUUCCGACGGAUUCUCGUGUGUGAUAUCGAUGCAUGACGGAGUGGUCAUGUAUACCACAUCAUCGCUGACGGCCACCCUUGGCUUCCCCAAAGACAUGUGGGUAGGCAGAUCAUUCAUCGACUUCGUUCACCCAAGGGAUCGCUCCACUUUUGAGUCUCAGAUAACUAAUGGCUUGGCCAUACCGAAAAUCGUAAAUGGUACGCAAAAAAAAGUUCCAGCACCAGAGAACGCCAUAUCGACUAUGGUCUGCCGCAUCAGACGCUACCGGGGCCUGACCACCGGGUUCGGAGUCAAAGAACGCAUGGUUACCUACAUGCCGGUGCUGCUGAAACUAACCUUCAAGAACGUCAGCGAUGAAGACGGAGGCAUCAUCUACCUGGUCAUCCAAGCGACUCCUUUUUUUUCGGCGUUUAAAGUCCCAAACGAGAUAGCUUGUAAACCCGUGCCCUUUGUGAUGCGCCACGCCGCCAACGGCAAUCUGGAGUACAUAGACCCUGAGUCGGUGCCCUACCUGGGGUACCUGCCGCAAGACCUGGUGGGAGAAGACGCCAUUAGGCUGUACCACCCUGAAGACCUGUGCUAUCUGCGCCAGGUGUAUGAGACUAUCGUGAAAGAAGGGAGACUGCCCAGGUCUAAUCCUUACAGGAUGCUGACCCAAAAUGGCUUCUACGUCAAGCUUGAGACUGAGUGGUCUUCUUUCAUCAACCCCUGGUCGCGUAAACUGGAGUAUGUCAUCGGCAAACACCACAUUGUUGAGGGGCCCAGCAACCCAGACGUGUUUCAAACCCCUGAGCUGGAGAAGGCUCAAAAGAUGUCAGAAGAUGAGAAGAUACAGCAGCAAGUAAUGCGAGAGAAAAUCAUCAAGAUCCUGAAUGAGGUACUCACUAAACCGGCUGAAGCAGCUAAGCAGCGGAUGAACAAGCGCUGCCAGGACAUCGCGUCAUUCAUGGAGAGCCUGAUGGAGGAACAGCCCAGGAAUGAUGAUGAGCUCCGUCUGGAGAUACAGGACCCUGACAACAGCUACUAUGAGCGAGACUCUAUGCUUGGUGGCAUAUCGCCUCAUCACGAGUACAAUGACAGCAAGUCCAGCACUGAGACACCUCUCAGUUACGCACAGUUAAAUUACAAUGAGAACUUGCAAAGAUACUUCGAUAGUCACCAGCCCUUCUCAUACGAGGACUACAAUACGGCUGUCGGAGAAAACAUUUUCGGUCUCAAAGAAAAGCUAAUUGCUUCUAAUUGCAUGUCGCCAAUGGCACAACAUUCCCGGGACUCCGCAGACCUCAAUAGCUCUUGUGAGAGUGGACUAACAGCGCGCGUCAGCAGUCCCGCGGCGCCUCUAGGAGACUAUCAGCCUGUGAGGCUUACCGAGUCGCUUUUGAUCAGGCACAAUAGUGAAAUGGAAAGGGAGCUGUUGCGAGCUCAUCGCGAGAUUCGGUCCUGUAGCAAGGGAGAGAAGGAGAAGUCUUCGAAUGAGAAGAAACAGAAGAAGAAGGAGCAUCUGGCUCGCUGCAAUGCUUCGUUCCAGCCCGCGGCGUCGGGCACUUUGGCGCUGGAGCCAAUAGUAGAAAGGAAGCCGCACGGUAUGAAGCGUGCAUCAAAGCAGACGGAUACCGAUCCUGUGUCGCACAAGCACCAUUGCCCGUCGCCGCGCACACCCCGCCGCCGUCACGUGACCACCGCGGCGACCACGCAGCCGUCCGCCACCAUCACUACUACUGUCGCUGCCGCCUCUCAGUGGCACCCUAACGCGGUGAACAACAUGAACUACAUGAACACGUUUAUACUGGGCGUCGGAAUCCCGCAGCAGAUGCAGCUCAUGAGCCCGGUCAUGUCCCAGCAAGUCGCGGCUAUGCCAGGAAUGCCAGGCGUGUUUCCUAUGUACUACGCGCCUCCACAGUCUACACCCAUGCCGAGUACUUCGGACAACACAAAGGACCCUAACAAAAGCAACCCACAGUACCCACCGCCUCCUACUAUGCAAUGCAUGAUGUAUGGUCAAGCAAUGUACGGGUCUCCGUUCAUGUACUCACCCGUCGCGCCUUCGUAUCCCGUGCAACAGACCAUGAUGGCCCAACAGACCACGAUGGCCCAACAGACCAUGCAAUACACAAACUCGCUGAACCCUCUCGGGCUCACGCGAAGCAACUACGAAGAGGCGUGUAAGCCCAGUGUGCCACUAAGGCUCACGAAAACCGGCGGCGGGUGGAGGGACAAGAAACGCGAAUCUCAGGCUGCCUCCUCCAAAACCGAUCACGGCAGCGCCGAUAGUAUGACUUCCACCAGCGCCAACAACCGGAGCACAGAAGCGGUGCCUGACGCUAUACAGAACAGGAACGUAAAGACCAAGAGCUCGAACUCGAAAAUGCGCACUAGCGACGAGGGUGUCGACAGGACUGAUGGAGAGUCUAGCUACUCAUCUUUCUAUUCUUCCUUCUUCAAGACUGAGUCUGGCAGCGCUGAAGAAAGCGGAGACCCCAAAAAGGGUCGGCGACUCCGGACGUCAACUGAGUUUUGGGACAAGAGCACCCCUGAUGACGUCAGCUCCAUGGAAACGACCAAUGCGUAUCGGGAAAGCGAGGCCAAGAAGAAGGUGCCUCGGAGGAAGAUGGAACCGCCAUGGAUGGAACAAGUCUGCGUCACAUCAGAAUUAAUCUACAAGUACCAGAUUUUGACAAAGACUUUAGAAGAAGUUUUGAGCUCUGACAAGGACAAAAUGGCACACCUACCACAGCCCUCAUUGGUGAACGAGCAGUUGGGCCAGCUGUACCUCGACCUGCAGUUGGAGGGAGUGGCCUCGCGCCUGACCCUCGAGGAAGGAAUUACCAGCUCCAGCAGUUCCGGAGAGGAGACCAGCACCAAUACAGUGCGUACACCAAAGAAAAAGCGGGAAUAUAGCAAGCUCGUCAUGAUCUACGAGGAGGACGCCCCCCUGCCCCCUCCCUCCACUGAUGACGAAAUGCCGCCAGAGUCCACUUAGUACUGGCGCCACCACACAGUGGUGUUGUCCCGGUGUGCCAUCACACACACAUACAACAAAAUGACAGUCAAACGGUGUUGCCCGACUAAAGGAGAAGAAUGCUACGCCACAGUGUUAUUCACCAUUGUUAACACGGUACUCGUGACGGUCAACAAGUGCGCGAUUAACAGAACGUUUCAACUUCGUAUCGCGUAGUUUCGGAAGCCUUUAAGCCUAUUCUGUGCAUCGCAGGGCGGUUACGUAUCGCACAUUAUUUCAAUCAAUUCUGAAAGUUCGAAAGGUAAUGAGUUUGUGUACUAGCUUAUUUGUAUUAAAAUUCAAUUAUGGAAACACCAUGACAAUAUGUGUUAGAUAAGAAAUAUUGAUUCUUCACUGUCGUUGUGUCACUGCCUGCAACGAAAGACUAAGUCCUGUGUUAUAAAAGAGCAAAACUCUAUUAAAACUCCAGCAUAGAUUCAAGCAAUGUGAUUGGUUUAGUUCUAAUUAGACCAAUAACAAACCAGAAUCUGUUUUGGAGUUUGAAUUAAGUUUUGAAGUUUGUUUCCUGAAGGACUUAAGUCUCGUAUAUCGCACUGCGAUGGACAGAUCUACCAAUAAACUGCCAUGUUUAAGUUAACCUAUAAAACCAAAUCUAAUUUUAGUUUAUAAAGAUAUUUUGACAGGGAAUCAAAACAAUCGAAUAGUAACUGCUUAUGUUUAUUUUGACAUUAACUUUUUUUAUAGUCAUACCAAUUAAUUAUUAUUAUAUAGGUUUAAAGGCUCUUGCAAUUCUAGUAUAGUUAAGUAUAAUUAGAGGUAUUAACGUUGUUAUACGCCAAAUUGAUGUUCCUAGUUCUUUAUCAGAAAAUGGACUCAAAUUGAAACGUAAUGUAGUAAAAAUGAAAAGCUAUCAAGUUUAAAUUUUAUAGCUGUUGAUUGAAUGAAAGAUUAUAUUAUUACAAACAUUCAAAUUAGUACCUAUCAAAACACAAAGAUUUAUUAUGUAGAUACUUAAUGAUUAAAUAAAAUGACUAUCAAAUCAGAGAAAACUAUUUACAGACAAAAUAUUUAUACUCUCAUAUUGACAUACCGAAAAUAGGUACAUAAUGUAUCUCCGUUCAUAGACUGUUUGUUUGUAUACAAGACAGGGUAUUAAAAGAUUUAUGCUUUUAAAGCUAGCAUUCGUAGUUGUUGCCAUUUUUUUUCCGAUAACGUCGUACCAUUAUCAAACUUUAUGUUACAAUUUAUUUACCAUACACUUGUUAACAUCUUUGAUAUGAUGUGACAAGUACUGUUAUGUAUUAGUAUUAAGAUAUAAGUUCAUUUAUGUUAAUCAAUUUGAUACAAAUUGUUAAGAUUUUUCUUCUCAUUUUUAUAUUUACUUUUGUUUAGAGUAUGUUACGUUUUUUGAGAUUUAUAAGAAAAUAUUUUUACAAUGUUUAUAAGAAUACGAAAUAUUUGUUGAAGAAUUUUCAACAAACGUGGAGUAAGAUCUAUUUAUAAUGCAAGCUAUUUUUCGUAUAUUUUGAUAUAAAGAUGAGCUGGAGCUCUUUUCAUAAACACAUAGUUUUCAUAAAAGUCGUAUAGGUCUUGCUUCACAUACAUACAGUCUACCUUGCGAUUACUUCUUUAGACCGAUUUUCCAAUGUGAAGUUGUCUUUUGUUUGAUAGUAAGAUCGUCUUUUUUACGAUAAAUAUGACAAAAAGACGAUUUCAUUUUUUAAAAUCAUGAUUGAUUUAGUUAUAGGUUGUAAUUUUUUUCUUUACUGUAUUACUUCGUUGUCAAGUAACUUUUUUCUGUAGAUUCUACUUGACAUGUUCAAAGUUUUUGGAUAAAUAAUGUGUCAAAAUCGUUCUUCAUUCAAAAGUUGUUUGGCGAUUAAAAAUCGGGUCACUUGUAAGUUGCCAGAACUCGAUUAAAAUUGGUCGCCAAUGGUUAGUUAAAAAUAAUCUCGCCAAGAAAUAAUAAUUAUUAGAGAAUUUAAAGUAACUUGACUAGUCUAAAUCGAUAUUUAAAUACCCAGAGGGCUCUUUGAUAAAAAAACGUCGUCGAAAGAAGAUGUAAUUUCGUCGUAUUUGUAGUGAAUGUUCAUAAAUUCAUGUUUUGGCUUCUGUUUAUAUACAGGGUGUUAGGUAAAUGGGUAUAUGAGCCGACACUAGCCCAUGUUAACAUGGGCAUAUAAAUGGUAUGGUGAAAUCAGAAAUUUGAUAUCAUCAUUUUAUUUUUUUAAAUUUUCAUACAAAAUAAAUUUUAUAAAAUCCGAUUUGUAUGAAAAUUAAAAUAAUUAAAAUGAAGAUAUCAAUUUUCUGACUUCACCAUACCAUUUAUAUGCCCAUGUUAACAUGGGCUAGUGUCGGCUCAUAUACCCAUUUACCUAACACCCUGUAUAUAGAUCUGUAUCGGCAUUUUGGGAUAAAAACAUGAUACAAAAGUAGAAAAAAACUGAUGGCGCUUUUAGAAAAUUGAAAUUGAUAAUUGGUGUUAGACAUUAAAAAAUCUUUGCUUUUACUUUGAAGUUACAAACUUCUCAAAUAAUGAAAUUAGAGAUUAUUAAAAAAAUGAUGUUGGCCAUUAAAUGUUACUUGGUCACACGGCUAGUCUUAGUUUUAAAUGGAGAUCUGACUUAAAGGUAUAUUGACAUUGUUACUUUAAGUGGGUGGACAUUUGUUCUCUCUCAAGAGAGCUGCGUACGCGUCGAUCUUCAGUUUUAAUGUCGUGUCGUGCGUAUGUGCCAAAUACCGCUCACUUCACGUUUGUGUGAAUGUACCUUAUAGUGAAUUUUUAGGCUUUUUAGAUCUUUAAAAAUUUGAGAUGUGUUGCCAAACGUUAAGCCGAGCCAUUCAGUCCUAAAAUAUAUGAUAUUUAAAAUGAUUUCACUUGCAAAAUUAUUUCUUGACAGAUACAUAUUAACAGCCCUAACACAAUUUUAGUUGACCACUCUGAUGUUUACUGCCUUACUAUUUUGGAAUUUUUACUUAAUAUUUAAUUAGUUUCAUUACGAACAAAAUGUUUUUUAUUGUUAAUUUUGUGGUUAAUGACAUUUAACAACGUACUAUUAAAUUACCUACUAGGUAGGUAGUCUUAAAACUACGUCUGUCUUACAUUAGUGGUCAUUUUGGUAGGGAUUCCGGCGCAUUAUGCUGAAUAAUUUUAUACCUUAACUUAAGUAAUUGCUAUAGGUGUGAAUUUGUAACACAAAUGUACGCUGUGGUGUGGUGGCGACCUGUACCUACAUUAAAAUCAGUCCAUUCCUAUGUCGAUAAGAAUAAAGUAACUGUUACCACAUAUCAUAAAAUACUAACCAAAAUAUUUAAAAUUUCAUGAAGUGUAAUUAAAUUGUAUGAACGCGGUAUGAAAGUAUGAUUUGAAGAAAGCUAUUUCUUAUAAGUAAAGUAGGUAGUUUAUUUGUAUUUAUGUCAUGAAGUAAGUUUUCAACGUUUUGGUUAAAUUACUUUGUUUAAAAAUCGUGUCUGAUGAAUUUAAUAUACCAUUUUUAUGAUUUUUAGCUACUAAAGGACGUUGUGUAAAAGUUAUACAUCAAUUUAAUUAUAGAAAAUUGGAUAAAAAUUUCGUAAAUAAUAAAUUAAUCUACAAUUUGAGUUAUUUAGUAGCUAUGUUCAAAAUUAUUUUUUAUUGAUUAUUCGGUUAAGGGAUUGGCAUGAAACUUUAUUUGUAUUUUUUCAUAAAAAAUGCUCGCCAUAAUGAAAUCCGAUUACCGUCACAAUGAAAAAAAAUAUUUAUUUAAUAAAUUUAUUGUAACAUACAUUUUAUUCAAUUUAAAUUUCUAGUUAGCUUUGACUAAAUUAUCCAUGCCAAAGGCAUAACCUUUAGUGAUGUCUGUGGGGUCAUUAGAGACACGAUUUUUAAACUGCAUUACUAAAUGUUUCGGAAUAAUUAAGAAAAAUAGGUUAACUCAAACCGAUUACACAAUGUUAUAAACUAAAUUGGAUAUUUUUAUAACUAGAAAAUAUCCACAGAAAAUUCCUUAGCAACAUGUUCGAUUUCACUUUAGGCAUUUCUGUGUCGACGUGGUAGCUAUAGAAUUUUAAUUUAAUUUGUGUAUGGAGUUCGAAAACAGUGCAUUUCUAUGUUAGUCAGUAUCGAAUCGUCUAAAAUAUAAAAAUACGUUUCUCCUUUUGACAAAAUUACCUAUGGAAUUAACUCAAUAGCCACACAAUAAAAAAAUUGGCGCAGUUAACUUCAUAUUAGUUUUAUUUCAAAAGCGACAGAUGGUACUAAGAAUGGUAUGCUGCGCUCGCGCUUGCGUGUUUCUUGUGUAGGUUGGUAUCUUAAAAUUAUGUAUUAGUUCACACAACAUGCAAUGCGAAUUUGUGUUCACUCCAAUAAAAUAAACAAAAUGACGAUGGAAAAAAACAUAAUAAAAUAGUUCCUAUCGUUUUUAGGGUUACGUCUGUAUAAGCUCAGCGGUCUGUCACUUGCGCGUCUACAAUAGUACGGAAUCCUUUGUGUGCGAGUGCGAAUCACAUUUGACCUGUUUUUUUCUAAUUGUACUGACAUUUCGAGUAUUAUUAAUCGUUUGAGAACUUACUGAUUUACUUACAAAGACCAUUAAUGUACAGAUUGCGACACCAGAUUUUGUUCAUUCACUUUAAAUUAAUUUUAUAAAGAGUUUGUAUCACUUAUUUUACAACAGCUUUUACUUAAUAAAAUUAAUUAAGUUUAUAGGUUGUACUUCUUUAAUUACAUUAAUUUUGUAAUUAUAAACAUUGUUUUAAGUUAUAUUAGUAGGUACCUUGUAGUUUUCAUUGACCAGUUAAUUUAAAUUCUUUAUUAGGUUAUUUUAUUUUUCAGUAAGAAUGAGAUAGUUAUUUUGGUAUAGAUGCACUGUUAUUAUUUAUUCGCCUGCACUUAUUUUCGAAUAUAAGGUUUAUAAUGAUCUACAAAAGUCAGUACUAGUUUGUGUAAUAAUACCAAAAAACUAUUUACGUCAUUAGAUGUUUUUUUGGACAUAACUAAAGUGUGAUUGAUUAUUAGUAAAAGGGAUUAUUGAAAAAAGCGAAGUUUGUAUUAGUUUUGCCGGGUGUUGGCCCUUAAGUCAAAGAUCAGCGAAUAAACUUCUAUGAUUGCUUAAAGAA